AAUUUAACUCUGGAAAAGUUUAUUCUUAUAUUUUACAACAACAAUUGAAUUUCUUUGAGUAUAAUAUGGCUAUUAUAAAAAUACAAAUGGCUAUCAAUCAAUUAAAGAUAUUUGCUGAUACUAAUAUUGUGACAGUACGUCAAAAGAUGCUUAACGGAUCUAUUACUACUUAUCUGAUAAUGAGGCUAGUCAAAGCUACUUCAAAACAAAUAGUCAGUUCAUCUUUGGAUAUGUUGGAAGAUGACGAUCCCAAUGAACGAAGCUGA